AUGUUUAGUCGUUUCCGACUUAAUCCCUCCGAUGCUGACUAUUUCUGCUUUCUGUGGCAGGAUCCUGCGGCUUCCAAAACUCUAGUGUGCCGGAUGAAUCGCUUACCCUUCGGUGCUACGUGUUCUCCAUUUAUCGCCAUCCACACCACUCGACGGGCCAUUAUGGAUGCAGAGGUGGGGGAAGAAGUCGUCAACGAUGUCAAGAAGAAGAUGUACGUCGACGAUUAUUUGGGAUCAGCCACAACGGUCGAGGAAGCGGUAAAAGAGGCCGCAACCGUAAGGGAAGCAUUGGCUGCGGCUGAUCUACAUUUUCAAGAAUGGAUCUCAAACUCCGUCGACUUCGUUCGAGAAAUGCACGGAAAGGAUGGGCCAUCAGUAGUGUCGCCGCCUGAUUGCCAGUUGACGGAUAGUGGGAGUGAGAAAGUGCUCGGAGUGGUUUGGAACUUUCGGGACGAUACGCUGGGUUUCCGAGUCAACUACAUGCAUGACGAGGAAUAUACUAGGAUCAGUCUCACUGGUAAAGUUGCUUCCGUGUUCGAUCCACUAGGGAUAGCGGCACCACUUGUCGUAAAGGCCAAGAUUCGGUUGCGAGAACUCGGAACUAAAGGGCUGAAUUGGUCCGAUCCCGUAGACGAGAAUGAUCGAGCUUGGUGGGAUUCCUGGUUUACUAGUCUUCGAGAACUCGUUCUGGUCUCUAUUCCCCGUUGUUUAUUUUCGGAACAAUCUGAAAUCGAAAAUUCCCAGCUGCACGUUUUCGGAGACGCUUCGGAAGAAGCGUACGCGGCAGUGGUGUAUCUCCGCAACGCUUAUCGUUCUGGAAGAGUCCAAGUGCGGAUGGUGAAGGCCAGCAAUAAACUCGCGCCUAAAAAGACGCUGUCGGUACCAAAGCUGGAAUUGAACGCUGCCCUGCUUAGCUCCCGGAUCGCCGCAGCCAUUCAGAGCUCCCUAACACAUCCGAUCCAGCGACGAUUCUUCUGGACAGACAGCAGCACCGUGCGUAACAGGAUUAGAGCCACUGCCUCCUUUUACCAGGUUUUCGUUUCUAACCGGAUCGGCGAAAUUCAAACUCUAACCGAGACGGAAGAAUGGCGCUUCGUCCCCGGACGCCAGAAUCCAGCGGACGCCGCCACACGCUCUUCCAUAGGUGACGAAGUGUUUCCCAGAAGCUGGCAAGACGGCCCAGAAUUCCUCUUUAAACCUGAGUCGGAUUGGCCUCAAGAUCUGCCGUGGAUGGCCGCAACGCUGGAAAUGAAGCACACCAAGCAGUACCAUGUUCGAGCAGUUUCGGAUCCGUUUAACUGGUCGGAGUUCCAGCUAGAUCAGACUAACCUCUCUUCCUUUUUAAAGUAA